AUGUCUCGUGAAAGUGCGCACAAAGUAUGUGCUUGGUUGGAUAAAUUUGACGAAGACGUUAAAUUGGAGGAUAGUGAUGAUUCUGACACUGAUCAAAAUUUCGUACCAGAUAAUGUAUCUGACUUGCGUUAUAAUAAUAGUGAAAAUGAAAGUGAAAAUGAUGAUGAUUUUGACGAUUACAAUAAUAAUACUAGCACUACUUCUGCACAUGAGUUUUACUUGGGUAGAGAUGAAAAACAAAAUGGUAUAAAAACUUUCUUACUAAUAAAACCAAACAACGUGCUCAGAACAUUCAUACUCAGCGCCCCGGUGUCAUAA